AUGAACGAAUGGUUGCGCUAUGAGCGCAGUCUGAUGGUCAAGGAAGAGACUGGCCGUUCGACAUACGUUGGGGUCGACAAUCCGCCGUCAAUCUGUUUCUUCACGGCGUUGAAUACAGACGGCGGGGUUGCUUCGUGUGAUGUCUCUGAUGAUUCCUUGAUUGUUGCUUUAGGUCGACCUGUGUGGGAUGUGAGAUUCUGCUCGCGCGGAUAUUACUACUGCACUGGAGGCGCCGACAAGACGGCAACCGUUUGGUCAACCGACCGAGUGCACCCGCUACGUAUCUUUCCGGAUUGCUACGGUCACGUAACGUGUAUCGACUACCAUCCAAAUUGCAAUUACAUAGCUGGCGGUAGUGACGACAGAUAUGUUCGAUUGUGGGAUGUUUUGACUGGAACUUGUGUACGCGCGUUUGGCGGUCAUAAAGCUGGUAUCCGCGGUAUCAAGAUCUCUCCAUGUGGUCGCUACAUCGUCACGCCAACGCCUCCUCGCGGCGGAAACUCACGCAUUCCCCUGCACCAUGGCCACAAUUUCCUUCACACGAGAAGG